AUGCCGGCGGUCUUUCGAGUACAUCGCUUUGGAGCUCCCACCGAAGUCGACGCCGACGAUAUUCUGGCUGACGUCGAGUGCGAGUACGUCGACGGGAACUGGGCGAUCCGAAACAAGCGGGGCGAGAUGCGCACCGUCGACCCGCUGGCAGUGCUGUUGGAUCGCGGCUGUCGUAGGUCGUUCUGGAUAAACUGCUUGCUGACGCUGUUGGGUUUCAUCCCGGGUGUGAUUCACGCCCUAGCGUUUCCUCGACUCGCUCUUGGCAUUCAACGGCACGUCCUUGAACCGACAAUGGGUGGUCAACGCGGCGACACAUGGCUCAGUCAUCCA